UUUACGGCAAGGUAUAAACGGUAAUCCCUUUCAAAUCUGUCCGCCGUUUCGUUUCAACGACCUUGAACGCGCUGACUGGAAGCGGGCAUUCCGUAUUUCAAUUGCCGUGUGUGUGUUGGGUCCUAUGAGUAUUAAAUGUUUCCAUAUAUGAGUCAUCUUUUGAUGCAUAAUAAACACUAAAUAACUGCUAAGAGCAUUAACUGAGUAUUUUCUGUUUUGUAGUGCACACUUUAGCUCUGUUGUUCCUUCGAAACUUGAUCUGUGGUCCUAAGUGCUGUAGUGAAAGUCAACAGCUAUAUAUAAUUUGUUGAUAAGGUCCAGAAAACAACAUGCGCAUAGUUUUUGUGAGUUAAGACGAAAUGUCAACUGAAGGGUAAGUCCUAAAUAUUUGUUGUUCUUCCUUCAGUUAAUUUUUUUCAAGGAAUAACCUUUUUUUAACAGCUAUUGUAUGUUGUCUCUAGUGCUUCAUGCUCAAGUGAAAUUUCAGUGAACGUAAGCGACGCGUUCCAACGUAUUAUGCUGAAUAAGAGAUUCGGAAGCUGGAUUGAAUUAGAUAAUGCGCUAAAGGAUUUCCAUAAAAUGACCCAUACACACUAUGUUCACGCAGAAAGUAGAUUGUUGAAGGAUGUGAGAUAUAAAUACUUGUUCGUAGUGUUUCGUUGCACGUUUGGUCGUAAACGUAAAUCAGAAGGUCUGAAUGUGAUUAAAAAACCGUCUAAAUUUUUAAAUUGCCAAUCGAUGUUUCGCGUAAGAUUGGAGGGUCAACAAUACGUUAUAAAAUCUUACAACAUGACUCACAACCAUCCGUGUACUAGUUCGUGGAUGGUUUGUGAUCCGUUGAGUAGACGAUUGUCAUCAGAAGAAAAAGAAAACUUGAAACCAGUUAUAUUGCACUGUCAGUCGACGGACGAAGUUAUCGAAAGUAUUAAGGAAAGAACAGGUAAGCAGGUGACCGCUGCUGAUGUCAAAAAUAUGAAAGCUGAACUCUCCACUGGUUGGACUCGGAAGCAGGUAUUGCAGAUGAUGCGACAAAACGGUCAAGUUAGAGAGCAUGCAGAAAAUGGAUCUAUUACGGCGGUAUGCUUCAGCAGUUAUGAUCAGAUACGGCUGUACAAUCAAUAUCCCGAAGUCGUGUGUAUUGAUUCUACUUAUAAAACUAAUAAUAAAAAGUAUUCAUUAUUCCAGUUAGUGGUAACAGACAAUUGGGGUCGAGGUCGAACUGUUAUGUUUGCAUGGACAAAAAAAGAAAAGCGUGCUGAUGUUACGUGGAUUUUGGAUAAAUUCAAGGAGAUAAUGGGUAACACGACCAAAACAGAAACAUUUGUGAUGGAUUGCGCACGAUCUGAAAGCGCGGCUGUCCGUAUAACACACGGGCAUGCAAACAUUAUUUUGUGCGCCUUUCAUGUGAUUCGCGCUUUCCGGAAAAAGACAAAUGAUAAAAUACUAAAAAACCUACUUGACUCGACUGGUAACCGCAGAAACGGUCGGAAGGUAAUUUUUUAAUGUAUUUAUUCACUAGAUUUAAUCAAUAUUACAGAAUAAUAAACCGCAGAGACAGUGAUAGGCCAGUACCUAUCACGUUUCUGGAUGCCACGUAAAACAAUGUGGGCGCGUGCCUUUUACGGCAGUGUAUUAACUUUGGGUAACAACACGAAUAAUCGUGUUGAGUCAUUAAAUAGGCAGAUUAAAAGAUAUGUACGCAAAAGCGACAGCUUGCACAAAUGCAUGUACAAGGCUUUUAAGUGGAGUUCAAUGACAUUCUCUAGAAAAAGCAUGGAAGACCAAAUAAUCAGUGGACGAACAUACAAUUAUGAUGCUCCACAGCGUCUUAUACCCUUGCUGAACAUGUUGACCCCAUUCGCAAGAUCCAAAGUGUUAUACGAACUAAAAAAAAUGCGUUUCGUUAACUUAGAAUAUGAAAGCGGCGAGUGGUUGUUUAUGCUUGACCGCGGACAACAUUACGAAGUAGAUGUAAGUAUUUGUGAAUGCAAUUGUAGCACGUUUAAUAUGUGUCGAUAUCCGUGCCGCCAUCUCCUGCUGGCAUAUAUUAAAAGACGAAGUCUAACAGCUCAUCAACUUCUUAGGUGUUGCUGUAGAUGGAAAUUAGACAAUACGCACAAUUUACAAAACAACACAGUAAUUUCAUUACGGAGACGAAGUAAAGAAUAUAUAUAUAUAUAUAUAUAUA